CUUGCACGUUGCAGGGACGAAUGGAGACGUUACUGGCGCCCGCUCGAGGAACUCGAUGAUCAACGGGAGCACAGUGAUAAAAAGGAAAGGUCCAUAGUCCUGUAUGGUGUACCUGAGGCUGAACGUGGCCUAUCUCCGUCUCUGCGUCAAGCUCAUACGGAGAAGGUCAUAUCUAGCAUACUUGAUGCCCUCGACAUGUCGAAGUCUACGGGAUGGGUAGAGUCAUGCAGGAUUUCUUUUCGAAACUCUAUCUGGGGCCACAGAUUACGGGCCAUUGAACCUUAUAAGGGCAUCUUUAUACGCAAAUCGAUGUCCAUAGAUGAGCGUAAAAAGGACCGCGACCUACGGAUCAAUGCGCGUGAGUUGAACUUGAAAGAAUUUGAAGGUGAGCGUGUUUAUGUCGUUUACAGAGGAGAUAUCGUUAAAGUUUCUGACAUUCCUCUCACUUAA